CAUAUUAAUGAGCUCCAAUCGGGGCUUUAAGUCCUUGAUUAGGAGAGUGUGAGAGCUUUGGUCCCAACUGGCUGUGCCUAUAGGCUUGUCACCAGGAGAACGUUUGUGUUAAUUGCACUGUGCUCUGUCAAGGAAACUUUGAUUUAUGGCUGGGGUGCGCACAUAAUGGUUGCCGGCCGCACAUGGAUUCGGUAGAACUUUGCCUCCCUGAAUCCUUCCCCCUGCACUACGAGGAAGAGCUUCUCUGCAGAAUGUCCAACAAAGACCGACACAUUGAUUCCAGCUGUUCGUCCUUCAUCAAGACGGAACCCUCCAGCCCGGCCUCCCUGACGGACAGCGUCAACCACCACAGCCCCGGUGGCUCCUCGGACGCGAGCGGGAGCUACAGUUCAACCAUGAAUGGCCACCAGAACGGACUUGACUCGCCACCUCUCUACCCCUCUGCGCCGAUCCUCGGAGGGGGCGGGCCUGUCAGGAAACUGUACGACGACUGCUCCAGCACCAUUGUUGAGGACCCCCAGACCAAGUGCGAGUACAUGCUCAACUCGAUGCCCAAGAGACUGUGCCUGGUGUGCGGCGACAUCGCUUCUGGGUACCACUACGGGGUCGCGUCCUGCGAAGCCUGCAAGGCGUUCUUCAAGAGGACGAUCCAAGGUAACAUAGAAUACAGCUGCCCGGCCACGAACGAAUGUGAAAUCACAAAGCGUCGACGUAAAUCCUGCCAAGCCUGCCGCUUCAUGAAGUGUUUGAAAGUGGGCAUGCUGAAGGAAGGAGUACGUCUUGACAGAGUGCGUGGAGGUCGGCAGAAGUACAAGCGCAGAAUAGACGCGGAGAACAGCCCGUACCUGAACCCUCAGCUGGUUCAGCCAGCCAAAAAGCCAUAUAACAAGAUUGUUUCACAUUUGUUGGUGGCUGAACCGGAGAAGAUCUAUGCCAUGCCUGACCCCACUGUCCCCGACAGCGACAUCAAAGCCCUCACAACACUGUGUGACCUGGCCGACCGGGAGCUGGUGGUUAUCAUCGGCUGGGCGAAGCAUAUUCCAGGCUUCUCCACGCUGUCCCUGGCCGACCAGAUGAGCCUGCUGCAGAGCGCCUGGAUGGAGAUCCUGAUCCUCGGCGUCGUGUACCGGUCUCUUUCCUUUGAGGAUGAGCUCGUCUAUGCAGACGAUUAUAUAAUGGACGAAGACCAGUCCAAGCUAGCAGGCCUCCUCGACCACAACGCCAUCCUGCAGCUGGUGAAGAGAUACAAGAGCAUGAAGCUGGAGAAGGAAGAAUUCGUCACCCUCAAAGCAAUCGCUCUUGCUAAUUCAGACUCCAUGCACAUAGAGGACGUGGAAGCUGUCCAGAAGCUGCAGGACGUCUUGCACGAGGCCCUGCAGGAUUACGAAGCCGGGCAGCACAUGGAAGACCCCCGGAGGGCCGGCAAGAUGCUGAUGACGCUGCCCCUCCUGCGGCAGACGUCCACGAAGGCCGUGCAGCAUUUCUACAACAAACUCGAAGGCAAAGUCCCCAUGCACAAACUUUUUUUGGAAAUGCUGGAGGCCAGGUCUGACCGGAGGCCUUCCUGGGCCGCCUCCUCCUGCACGCCGGAAAAAGGGAAAAGAACCCGAGGGUGAGGUCGAAGAAACGUAGAGUUUAGUCAACGCCAUCAAAAAUCAACAAAGACUGCACCGAUCAUUUAGCAGCAAGACCUACGAAGCAGCUUUCAGAUUUUCCCCGUAUCCCCCUGAUGAAUUUCUUUCUACCUGAUCUCAUCUUUUUUUCCCAUUUCUCUUCCUCUUCAUUUUUUCCUCCCUCUCUUACUCCUCCUUUCCCUUAUUUUUUGACUUCCUUGAUUAUUGGUUCCUUCUCUCAUUCCCUCCCUCCUUCCCUGCCUCCCUCAACUCCCUCCCUCCCUCCCUCCCUCCCUUC